UUUUCACCUGGCAGAUAAUGGAAAAUAAGAAAUUGAUAGAGAAGCUUAAAGAGGUCAUUUCAGUGAAUACUGCUGAACUUUCAGAGCUUCAAAUUGUCCUUAAUGAAGCUGAGCUUCGUGAAGAGAAGGUGAAGUUGGAAUGCUGUCGGCUUCAGAAAGAAAAUACCAUGCUUAAGAAGAAGAAAGAGCAGUUGCAGCAGGAAGUCAAAGACUGGAGUACAUCACAUGCUGAGCUCAGUGAACAAAUCAAAUCAUUUGAGAAGUCCCAGAAAGAUUUACAAGUAGCUCUUAGUCACAAAGAAGAUACUAUUAAUGCUUCGACUAAUUGUAUCACACAGUUGAAUUGGUUACAAUGUGAAUCUGAAUCUGAGGAUCAAAAUAGAGAAGAGGAGUCAGAUGAAUUAACCAAUGGAGAGGUAGCAGGUGAUCGGAAUAAGAAGAUCAAAGAUCAAAUUAAGCAGAUGAUGGAUGUCUCUCGGACACAAACUACAAUAUCAGUAGUUGAAGAGGAUCUAAAACUUUUACAACUUAAGCUAAGAGCCUCGAUGUCCACAAACUGUAAUCUAGAAGACCAAAUAAAGAAAUUAGAAAGUAACUGCAGUUCACUACAGUCUUCUAAAGUUGGACUGGAAGAGGAAUGUAAAACUCUAAGGCAGAAAUUGGAGAUUUUAAAUGAACUCCACCAGCAAAAUGAGAUGGCACUACAAAAGAAACUGAGUCAAGAAGAAUAUGAGAGACUAGAAAAAGAGCAGCGGCUGUCAGCUGCAGAUGAAAAGGUGGUUUCCCCUGUAGAGGAAGUUAAAAAUUACAAGCGGAGAAUUGAAGAGAUGGAAGAAGAAUUACAGAAAACCGAGCGCUCAUUUAAAAACCAGAUUGCUAUGCAAGAGAAGAAAGCUCAUGAUAAUUGGCUCAAAGCUCGUUCUGCAGAAAGAGCUAUAGCUGAAGAGAAAAGGGAAGCUGCUAAUUUGAGACAGAAACUAUUGGAAAUGGCCCAAAAGAUGGCAAUGCGGCAAGAAGAACCUGUGAUUGUAAAACCAAUGCCAGGAAGACCAAAUUUACAAAAUCCUCCUCGGAGAGGUCCCUUGAGCCAGAAUGGCUCUUUUGGUCCAUCCCCCGUGAGUGGUGGAGAAUGUUCCCCUCCACUGACAGCAGAGCCAGCUGGGAGACCUCCUUCUGCUACCAUUAAUCGAAGAGAUAUGCCUAUAAAUGGAUUUGACCCAGGAUGUGGUCCAGCUCACAUGAACAGCAGCUCCAGAAGUUCUUCUCCAGCUAAUGUGACAGAUGAGGGCAAGGUUAAUAUGGCUAUGAAAGGGCCCCCUCCUUUCUCAGGGGUACCCUUCAUGGGCCCCCCAAUGGAACCCCCUAUGGGACGGCCUCCACCACCUCCCAUUUGGUAUGGACUGCCACUUUGGCUCGAUGGGCCUUUUGGGCCUUGGCCAAUUCCUCCACCAUUUGGUCCUGGUAUGCGUCCACCAAUAGGCUUCAGAAAAUAUGCACCAGGUGUUCCACCUGGAAAACGGGAUUUACCUUUUGACCCUCGUGGUUUUUUUCCAGGACCCGCACCAUUUAGACCUUUAGGCUCAUUUGGCCCAAGAGAGUACUUCAUUCCUGGUGCCCCAUUACCACCUCCAACUCAUGGUCCCCAAGACUAUGGGCCACCACCUGUUGCAAAAGACUUAAUGCCUUCAGGCUUUAAAGAUGAACCUCCACCUACACCUGAUUCUCAAAGUAGUGAGGGCUGUUCACAGGCCUUAAAACUGGGCCCAUAAAAUUAACCUCUGACACUUAGUCAGAAAGUGGAUUAUGAACUAUUCAUUGUGUUAAAGGAUUAUUGGCUUCAAAAUAUAAAAGUUUAUUUUAAAUGGUUUAUGUUUUUAGAAUGAAGCUGCCUUGGCGCAGUACACAUUUUGAGCCAAAAUAUUUUCCCCCUAAAUAUCCCCCACUUAAGCUAGAGUAUCCUUCCAACUUUAAAACGUGCAAUAAGGAAUACCUUUGUUUUAGUUAAUGUAGCAUAUACAAUUGCUAAAUGAUUUAGAAUGUCAUAAUUAUGGACAUUUCCUGUGGAAAUGCUUUAAGAACAUGUAUUUCCAUUAUCCUAUUUUUAGUGUAUUCCAGUUGAUAGAGAAAUGGUGUUUUAUAAGCUUGAUUUUUCCUCUUCCAAUAUCUGGUCACAGAGACUGUUACGCUAAAAAUGUUUACUCAAAGAUCAUAAACAUAAUUUUCCUUCUUGCUGAAGUUCUUUGUUGUAAUAGUUCAUAAAAAAUUGUUAAUUAAUAUUU